AGGCAUGCAGGCUGCCGGAAUUACAAAAGGAGAAGAAGACCUGUGGUUCGUUUUGAAGUCGAUCAUCAGGAAGCCCAUUGUUUACAAGCCGGUCCGGCUGCACGUUCAUGUGAAGCUCUUCUUCUCCUGGACAGGAUUCUGACAAAAACAGCAAGUGAUGGAGUUCCCUGAAGAUUUCAACCAGCUUGAGCUUCUUAAUUCACAUGGACACUUGAUCCCCCGGGGGGCCAGCAGCCUUUGGACUGGAAGCAAAGAUGAGGAGGAAGAGGGGGACGAGGAGGAGGGGGACCGCAGUGAGGAGUGGUAUCUAGAAAAAGAAGAAAGUCUCAAACACCAACCAAAGGUGCUCCUUCUGUGGGCAGCGGAAAACAAUCGCGUUUCAACUAUCCACAGGUUAUUGACUGCUGACCCAUUGCUGGUGAACUGCUGUGAUGAGGACGGAUACACACCACUGCAUCGUGCAGCGUAUAAUGGCCACGUUGAUGUGGUUUCCGCUUUGAUCGCUGCCGGGUCUAAGGUUAACCCUCGGACCAUUGACGGCUGGACGCCCCUUCACAGUGCCUGCCGGUGGAGCCGCGUUGCCGUGGCGAGUUUUCUCCUGCAACAUGGAGCUAAACUGAACGCCCAGACCAACGGUGGGCUCACGCCACUACACCUGGCCGCUUCCAACACCACCCCCUUCAGAACAGACUCUCCUCACACAUUAGAGCUCCUCCUCUCUCAGCGACACCUGAAGCCGGAGCUCCGCAGCAGCAGCGGGGAGACGGCCAGUGAGGUGGCCCGACGUACUGGCCCACAUCAUGCCCUGUUUGAGAUGGUAGAAGACUGUGUCAAUGUGAUACCCAUCUCAUGAAUAUAAAAUCCCGGGUUCAGAUGUUCUUACUCUCGUCUUGUCUUUGCCAGGAAAAAGGACAGCAGGUAUAUGAAAAUUAAUGAUGUUAUACAUUCAAGACAUGAACUUCCAUCACAUUAGUUGCCAUACAUUACUUGGACUUGUAUUUAUACCAAGCGGCAACCUCCAGGCCUGAAAGAUGAAGUCAACAUGCGAGUGCCAAAAAAUGCUGUGUUUUUUUUGUUUUGUUUUGUUUUUUUGAACAACCAGUUGAGGCUGGCUCUAGAAGUUAGUCAAUCCCUACAGAGACCCGUGUGAAAAUACUCAACUUUACAGAAGAAAUAAACAUGUUUACAUCCUGGUACAAAAGCAGUUUUGGUCCCAUAGCUAAUUUCCUUGUCCAUGACAGCUGUACAGGGUUAGAAUUUUUAUACAACUCACCCUUUCCAAUGUUAUCCAGGCUUAAAGUUAAGCAUAAUUACAGGUGUAGAUGCUUUGAGUGACACACGGGUACCAUCUGUUGAGAAGUCACCACACAGUAACAACAUUUGUUAGAUUAUCCCACCUGGCAUUGGAUGUCAAUAGUACCUGGGAAAGACUUAAAAUUUUGGUUGAAAAUUGGGUUGGCAGUAUUUUAAAUGUCUAACAAUGGUAGGCUUUCACGUUGUAUGGAAGAUAACAUCAUGACGAUUUGUAAACAGGUUUUGACAUGAUAGAUGACACUGACAUGAGACAUUUGGAAGACGUUGGAUUUGGUGACUUAAUAACAACUUCAAACCAACAAAAUAUCAAAACAAAGUAUAACAUCAUCUAUCGUUAGCAUUCUACAAAUUUUUCACCUAAAGUUACAGCCUAAACGAGACCAAGUGGUAUAUACAGUAACAAUAACAAAUAGUUCUCAAUGAAGGCUCAGUCACGGAGGACACUCAGCGACCUCCUCCCCCCACUCGUCUUGCACCUGGCCCAGGCCCAGCUGGUUCCUGCGUGGCAAAAGAAGAAAGGUGGAGUGACUUUGCAGAGGAGCUGUGGAUUAUGAUUAUUCUGCACAGCAUGCAUGGGAAUUAAAUAGAAUAUAUUUGAAUGCAUUUCUUGCUUUUACCUUGAUGGUGUGAAUAAAUAACUAAAUCUGUCGCUACGCUGUUCCCCAGUACAAAUCCAAAGUUCAGUGUUUCAAGGUUAGUCUGUCAAGGCGAGUAUUCCCGCUCACUGAAAGUGUUUGGGGUGGCAUUGCUAUCGUUUUCUGAAUGUGGAACCUAAUUUGUAAAUGAUCUCUUCACUGAUGACCUAAGUUAAUCUAUGAAUAACCUGUUUUUAGUCCAAUGAGGCAAAUGAACCAGAGGUUACGCGACAUAUGUAGCAAUUACACACCUCAAGAAACCUUCUGAAGCACUUAAGGCACAUCUUAGUGGAGGCGAGUUUCUUUUGUCAAAGAGUGCUAAUGCUGUUGGAUUUACAAAAAGGAACUUUAACAAAUGUUUAUAAGUCAAUGACACACAGUUUCAAUGCCACAUUUUCUAAAGCACACAGAGUUGUGUUUUUGUUGAAGGAGUCCUUAAAGGACAACUUCAGUAUUUUUCAACCUGGGCCCUAUUUCCCCAUGUGUAUGUGUGCGUAUGAUUCAUAGUUACAACUCGUUCUAAAAUUGGUUCAGUAUUGAGGGAGGCAGAUGCAGCCAGGAGCCGCGAAACGAGCUAAAACGGUAACGGGGGCAAAUGAGUCCCGUAUAAGUUUGCGCAUUAAAAGUGCUUUUUUUCACCACUGACCGGUUCAGAUCACCAGUGCUAUCUCUGUAAAUAGCAUACUAGCCUUUCCCUUACCUUAGCACAACUAGCCACAACUUCAGCAUCUCGCCGUCCGACAAAGGCAGCCUAUGAAAGCUGUAUGGGGUGUUGCGUGACAUCCUGUUCUUGCGUUUGGGAAAAAGGCGCGCUUAUUUGAGCACUCCAAAAACUCCGGUAACACUCCAGGGGGUAGCACGUAAAAGACUCUGUCCUCUGACUCUUCUAGCGUAACACACACUUCAUACACACAUACUCACUUACAGUACCCAGCGGGGCAGCCCUCCUCCUCUCUGCUCCAACACUGACUGACAGCUGACUCCACUCAUACCACACUCACCACUGCCCCAGGGUCGCUACAAUAUGCUAUUCCUGGCUGCAUCCGCCUCCCUCAAUACUGAACCAAUUUUAGAAUGAUUUGUACCCAUGAAUCAUACGCACACAUAUACAUGGGGAAAUAGAGCCCAGGUUGAAAAAUACCGACGUUAUCCUUUAAGGCUGACCUGAGGUUAUUAUCCACAGUAAGCAGCUGUGUAAAAGUAAAAGCCUUUAACACUGAAGUAUGCUGAGGUGUGUGUGUGUGUGUGUGUGUGUGUGUGUGUGUGUGUGUGUGUGUGUGUG